AUGACAACGCUAUUAUCGCUAUCGAUUCUCCUUGCCGUAGCGUUGAGCAGCGAAGGGGCCAAAUAUCACUAUCAUCGAUAUAUGCUGUCCGAUUACAGGCCACAGCAUAGGCACGGCUUACAAAGGGACUACAAACCAGUGACGCGGUAUCCCCACUUUGCGACAGAGACCACAGCUGCACCCGGCGAACUGACGGUGAAUGUAAAGCCGAAUGGAAGCCGACCGAAAACCAACAACACAGUGAACGUGGACAAACUAAUGAUGCGCGUCAUUGACGGCCGGAAGAAAUAUUGCAUGGGAAUACCAAAAUCCAGCCGCGUUUUGGUAAUGACUACCAGUUGCGCCCUAAACCUAGUUUCAGGUCCAACAACUAUACGAACCUCAGAGGGCAAGACGAUUGCAGUAAAUAUCACAGCUGUAACAAACUAUUUUAUGUAUUCGCUAACUGAAAUCCACGUGGACCAGCCUCUGAUAAAUGAUACCGAAAUACCCGCCACCUGCACCAACCGGCUGCAGCCUGAAAAUAUCGCACAGGUGUCCGUAUAUGGGCGUCAGGGGGUGAUCAAUGAAUUGGUCAAAGUAAAGCCCCAUAAAUAUUGUCGCGCUCUGGUAAAUGAGACUUUCGACUAUAGAGAUACUACUUUAGUUUGCGUUGAAAAUUCGAAAGAGUUUAGAUCCACUGGCUGUUCGGGAAACUACGGUUCUCCACUCGUUUUCAAUAAUCAAAUAUGUGGCAUGAACAUAAUGGGUCGUAGGUGCCUCCCAGGCGGGGCGUUCGAUCUGUACGCCCUCGUUCUGGAUGAGACGGCAUACGAAAGGAGAAUGCUAGCUAGAAUCAUCGAAUCCCAGGUGGAAGACAAAAUUUUGUGA